AUGACAGAGGUCAGGGCAGCUCCGUCAACAUUAAAGGAUGACAUUUGCCACCAUAGUGUUACCUGCUCACUUGUCAGCUGUUUGGACCAUUGUGAAGAUUGCACAGGACCUGUCUCCAGUCUAAAAUGGCUUGGUCUCACAUGCAAAUUGUGUUCAAGAUCCUGGCACAAAUCCUGCUUUUUCAAGAAGAAUCAGUCGCUGGAUGUUAUACCCGAUGAGAUUGUUUCUGACUCUGCAAGUAGUGAUGGCUGUUCCUCUGGUGAUCUCUACAUAGCUGACACUGCACCAAGGUCUGAUGGAUCCAACUCUGAUGAAGAUGUUGUAACUGACACUGAACUAUUUAGUGAUAGUGAGGAUCUAAACCUACCACAUCGCAAGAGUGGACCAGUUGACUCACUUUCUUCCCAGGAAAGGACAAAGACAGUCCUGCAACCUAUAUCCUGCAUGGAACAGGAGGACAAGGAUGCUUCCAACUCUGGCAGAGUUGGCAUUGAUGAUGACUUCAUACCUGAUAGUGAACCCUGUUCUGAUGUUGAUGAUCCUACUACAAGUAAUACCCAGACUCUUCCAAGAAGUACAACAGAGUCUUUUCUACUGAGACUGCAGCAGCACCACAAGUCUCUUCUUGCACAUCAAAAAUUACUGCUAUGUUUGCAAAACACCUCAGUCUAA